AUGGUAUCCUCUCGAUGUGAGUUGACGCCGAACAGGCCUCGUUUCCUUCUGUCCCUUGACAGUAAGAUCAGGAGUGCGUGGGACGGGCUCAUCCUCGUGGCCACAGUGUAUAUCGCGGUCUUUGUCCCAUUCGAGGUGACCUUCAUGAGCAGCACGGUGAUGGACAGGCCCACGUUUGCAGCAGACCUGGCCGUGGAGACUCUCAUUGUGCUGGACAUUUUGCUGAAUUUCCGUAAGACAUACAAGAGUGAGAUGGGUGAGGUGUUUGACGUUUGUGCCAUCGCUCGACAUUAUCUGAAGACCUGGUUCAUCAUCGACCUGGUGGCAGCUCUGCCCAUCGACCUGCUGUAUGAGGUGUGUGUCCCUCUACACUCUCCCAUAGUCCACCUGUUGAAGACUGUGCGUCUGCUGCGUUUGCUUGGGCUCAUGCAAAAGAUGAAGAAUAUUUCCCAAAGCAGCGGGCUGGUGCUCACCUGCCUCAUGUCAGCCUUCAUUCUGCUCGCACACUGGGCUGCCUGCCUCUGGUACAUGAUCGGCCUUUACGACCUCAACACGGAGCACUGGCACAUCGGGUGGCUGGCGAUGAUGGGUGAGCAGCAGAAGACUCCAUACUGUGAGAACAAGACGUCUGGAGGUCCGUCUGAGGGCAGUGCGUACCUGGGGGCCAUAUACUUUACCUUGACCAGCAUCACCACUGUGGGCUUCGGCAACAUAAGCCCCAACACCAACGCCGAGAAGGUCUUCUCCAUCUGCCUCAUGAUGACUGGAGCCCUGAUGCACGCUCUCAUCUUCGGGAAUGUAUCAGCCAUUGUGUAUCGCAUUUACGCCCACCACGCCCUGUACGGCACACAGAUGAAAGAGCUCCGACGCUUCAUUCGGGAGCAGAACGUUCCCGAGGAGCUGAAAACCCGAAUGCUCACCCACGCGCUCCUCACAUGGUCUCCCAGCUCCGUCCAUCGCGAAGAGAUCCUCCAGAACUUCCCAAACGAAUUGAACAUGGACAUCCACGUGUUCCAGUUCCGUGAGAUCCUGGGACUGCCUCUGUUUAAGGACUGCAGUCGGGAGGUCCUGCGCUGUCUGUCUCUGCACAUCAGACCCACCCUCUGUGUGUCAGGAGAGCGCCUGGUGGAGCAGGGGGAGGCUGUACAGGCCUUCUACCUGCUCCGCUCCGGGAUGAUGAAGGUGCUGACAGGAGCAAACCAGCAGCUCGGAGUCCUGGAGCGUGGCAGCCUGAUGGGGAGCGAGAUGCCUCAUGGUCAGCCCUUCAGAGCUGUAAUGUCGGUGCAGGCCAUUGGGAUAUGUGAAUUACAGGGGAUGAGUGUGGCCGGGCUCAGGGAGAUGCUGCAGCUUUACCCCGACUGGGCCCAAGUCUUCUACAGAGACCUAGAGCACCACCUGACCCUUGACCUCCACCGAGGCAACCUGCUGCCCAGCAGCAUCACUGACCUGCUUGUGUAUCUCAGGGCUCCGUUCACCGAUCCGCUGACCCUGCCUCCUCCCCUCCCCUUGGCACAGUGGUCCCAUCCGCCCACGAUCACCCCCGCUACAGAGAUGAUCUACACGAUUCAGAUCACGAUGGAGGAGGACAGUGAGGACAGUCAGGAUUUUUACUAG